AUGGUUUCUGGCAUUCAAACUAUUGAUACCAACCAUGAAGACAUGAUACAUGAUGCUCAGUUGGACUACUAUGGAACAACUCUAGCAACAGCUUCGUCUGAUCAUUCAGUUAAAAUAUUUGAUGUCCGUAACAAGAAACAAGUUCUUAUAGCUCACUUACGAGAUCAUCAAGGACCUGUUUGGAGUUUAAGUUGGUCCCAUCCUAUGUAUGGGAGUUUAUUGGCCUCUUGCGGUUAUGAUCGUAAGGUGAUUAUCUGGCAAGAAAUCAAUGGACGAUGGGGAAAAGUCUUUGAAUAUGCUGAACAUGCUAGCUCAGUCAAUUGCGUUUGUUGGGCUCCUCAUUCUUAUGGACUAAUGCUAGCAUGUGCCAGUUCAGAUGGGACAAUCUCCAUCCUUAUAUCAGACGAAACGAACUCUUGGCGUGCCUUUCGAAUCCCAGAAGCACACUCCGUUGGUGUUAAUAGCGUGUCUUGGGCACCCUCCAUAAAUGCUGAAUUUAUAUUCAAUCCCACGUUGGCAACAACAACAACAACAAAUACUAUGAUUCCUCCUAUCAAAAGACUAGUUUCUGGUGGGUGUGAUUCUUUAAUUAAAAUAUGGCGUGAAGAUGUUUCUUCUGGAAAUCCAGAAUGGAUCGAAGAAACUCGUCUAGAUGGUCAUACCGAUUGGGUACGUGAUGUUGCUUGGUGUCCAAGCUUGAAUAUUUCACGACAAUUAAUCGCUUCAUGUGGCCAAGAUGGAAGAUUAAUAAUUUGGCAAUCGACAGGUAAUAAUGAUAAUAAUAAUGAAAAUCGUAUGAUGAAUCGAUCGACAGCAGUAAAUGAUAAUAAUAAUGAUAAUAAAAACCCAAAUUCUAAUGAAUUAGUAGAAUCAAAAGAUUUCCAGUCUACACAAUAUUCCACAUUUUGGCGUCCAACCAUUUUGUAUACAUAUCCCGAUGUUGUCUGGAAUGUUUCGUGGUCUGUAACUGGGAAUAUUUUAGCGGUAUCUGGAGGAGAUAAUAAGGUUACACUUUGGAAGGAAAAUUUAGAAGGAACCUGGAUUGCUUUAAGUGAAAUUGCACGUGGUGGUCAUGAUGCAUCCGCUUUAAUUGGAACUGAAGGGAAUAGUCAAACAUCAGAUCAAUCUACAACACAAUUGGCUGCUGCUUAA